AUGACAUUGUCCAUACUCCACUACGACAAACGCUUCAACCCUAAUGAACUGCUAAAUAUCCAUAAUGAAUUUGUGUCCCCUGUUGCUUUGGCCCCCAACAAUGAUAAGCCUAUAUUAAAAGUAGGUGAUUUGUUUCUGGAUGGUGGUCGGUCAUGGAAUGAGGAAAAAAUUGACUCUCUAUUUCCAUGGGAGGUGGGGAAUGCCAUUAAGUUGACGCCUAUCUCUUGGUCAGGAGGUGAAGAUAUGCUAACCUGGAAAAUCUGGAACCUUAAAUCCCCUCCUAGGUUGAAACACGUCCUCUGGCGUAUCAUCAGAAAUGCAGUUUCCACCAAGGAAAACUUGUUUGCAAGGAAAUGUGCAAGAAGUCCUAUAUGUGGUCUCUGUGGAGCUAAGAUAGAAACAAUUGAACAUGUUCUCCUAAGGUGUGAGUGGACAAAAGAAGUAUGGGCAAAUAGUGGUAUUGAGUUUCCAACACCGGUGAACAGAGAGGUAUCUGUGAAGAAGUGGUUUGUAAGUCUCCUUGUCGAAUGGGGUGGCCAAUUUUCGGAGAGGAUGGGUCUCAUAGGCCAAAUUUGCUGGGCAGUCUGGAAGCAAAGGAAUGAAUGGGUUUUCUUGCAGCAAAUGCCUAAUGCGAAGAUAAAUGUACCAGCCCAUAAUCAUGGUGACAGUAAUGUCCCGAAGUGGCAACGUCCCCUCAACGGUAGCUGGAAAUUUAACUGCGACGGGGCCUUCAACCCCUCGGACAAGUCCACUGCUUUUGCUGUCUUAGUUAGAGAUGAAAAUGGAUCAGUGGUAGAAAUUAACCACGGGAGAAUUAAGGUGUCUUCGGCGCUAGCUGCUGAAGCUUGGGCUAUUUGGAUUGCAGUGUCAAUGGCCCUGGCUUGGGGGAAGAAGGAUGCUGUGAUUGAGUCGAAUUGCCAACCCCUGGUCAAUAUGCUCCAACCAAAGUCUGUCUUGAAGAAUUGGACCAUUCAAGCUAUUCUGGAUGAUAUUUUUUCCUUUUCAGCUAAUUCAAACUUUGUUUUUAGUUGGUGUAAUCGUCAGGCCAAUAGAUGUGCUAACUGGAUUGCCUAUAACAGUAGACUAGGUGUUGGUAUUCCCCUUGCCCCUUGUAAUCUCCCUGUUGAGCUUUGCUCCUUGAUUCGUUCGGAUCUUUAA